CGCCUCUCAUCGUGGGGCCCGCGGGCCCAGUACCGCGCCGCGGAACGAUGUAUGCGCUCUGUGCGCUGCUGGUGACUCACGCGCUGCGUGCGUCGACGGAUGCUGACGGAGGAUCGGUCAUUCCAGAGCCCCCGACCUUGCAGACUAAAUAACAAGCACCUUCACGCACUCCACGUUGACUCCAGGCUGUCGAGAUCCAGCGGAUAUAUAAGCCACCCAGAGCCAGGCGCACCUCUUUCGCCCUCAACCUGCUACUUCCUCGCCCACCCCGACUAUCCGACCUUUGCGGAGGCCUUCCUGACCCUCGCCUAACCGACCAUGUCGCGCCCGCGCGCACACUCCCCGCCCGUGAUCAUGCUGUAUGACGUGCCGGGCAGCACGCCUCAACCUUGGGCGCCUAACAUCUGGCGCAUCCGAUUCAUCCUGAACUACAAGCGGCUGCGCUACCGCACCAUAUGGGUCGAGUUUCCCGACGUCGAGUCUACGCUGCGCGCCCUCGGCGCGCCGCCCAGCGCCCGCCGCCCCGAUGGCCGUUCCGUGUACACACUGCCCGUCAUCGUCGACCCAACACCUACUCAAGCGGGCGCGAGCCCCGUAAUUCUCUCCAAUGCGACGACCAUCGCGGAGUAUCUCGAGACGCGCUACCCCGCGCGCGCGGUCUUCCCCGAGGGCUCGCGCGCGCUGCAGACGCUCUUCGUGCACCACGUCCAGGAGACCCUCGCGCGCUCGCUGCUCCCGGUCAUGGUCCCCCUCAGCCACGAGCGCCUCCCGCCGCGCACGCAGGUGCACUACCAGGGCGCCGGCCGCGGCGCGGGCAGCCCAGCGGAGCGCGAGGCCGCGUGGGCCGCCGUGCGCGCUGAGUUCGACUUCCUCGCCGGCGUGCUCGACAAGAACACGGGCGACGGCGACGGCGACGCGGUCGUGGCGCAGGGGCACGAUGUGUCGUACGCCGACUUUGCGCUGUGCGCGGUGCUGGUGUGGAUGGAGCGGAUGGCGCCGCACGAUGGGUGGGCGCGCGUACGCGGGUGGAACGGCGGGCGGUGGGCGAGGCUUUGGGAGCGCUGCAGGCCGUACAUGGACGAGUUCUGA